CUUCAGUGCAAGUGGGGAGCUGGUGGGACCUUUGUCACUCUCUUCUCCCUUGUCAAUAACCCUUUUCUAUUGUCCUCCGUUAUUCCUGCAGACUGAGAGCCAGUCAGAGUGACCACAUGACGUCUGCGAAUUCCUUCCUCUCAGCCCCAAACUUCUGCCCUCUCAGCCCUUUGGAUCUGCAAACUUCUUUGGGGAUCCUCUGCUCUAUUCAUCCACCUAGAGGGGUCUUAUAGGGGUGUCAGUCAGAGUCAGGGCAAAGGUUGGGGCUGGGCAGAGUCCUGCUCAAGUUCCUGGUAAUACAAUGCCAGAGAAGUCCCUGCUCUUCUGGCCCCUCUCCAGCCUGUGGCUCAAAGUGGCUUCUGUGCCUUCAAGGAUGCUCCAGACCUUGUAUGAUUACUUCUGGUGGGAACGUCUGUGGCUGCCCGUGAACUUGACCUGGGCUGAUCUAGAAGACCGAGAUGGACGUGUCUAUGCCAAAGCCUCAGACCUCUAUAUCACGCUGCCCCUGGCCUUGCUCUUCCUCAUCAUUCGAUACUUCUUUGAGCUGUAUGUGGCUACACCACUGGCUGCCCUCUUGAACAUAAAGGAGAAAACUCGGCUUCGGGCACCUCCCAAUGCCAUCUUAGAACAUUUCUACCUGACCAGUGGCAAGCAGCCCAAGCAGGCGGAGGUAGAGCUUUUGUCCCGGCAGAGCGGGCUCUCUGGCCGCCAGGUGGAGCGUUGGUUCCGCCGCCGCCGCAACCAGGACCGGCCCAGUCUCCUCAAGAAGUUCCGAGAAGCCAGCUGGAGAUUCACAUUUUACCUGAUUGCCUUCAUUGCCGGCAUGGCCGUCAUUGUGGAUAAACCCUGGUUCUAUGACAUGAAGAAAGUUUGGGAGGGAUAUCCCAUACAGAGCACUAUCCCCUCGCAGUAUUGGUACUACAUGAUUGAACUUUCCUUCUACUGGUCCCUGCUCUUCAGCAUUGCCUCUGAUGUCAAGCGGAAGGAUUUCAAGGAGCAGAUCAUCCACCAUGUGGCCACCAUCAUCCUCAUCAGCUUUUCCUGGUUUGCCAAUUACAUCCGAGCUGGGACUCUCAUCAUGGCGCUGCAUGACUCUUCUGAUUACCUGCUAGAGUCGGCCAAGAUGUUUAACUAUGCGGGAUGGAAGAACACCUGCAACAACAUCUUCAUCGUCUUCGCCAUUGUUUUCAUCAUCACCCGACUGGUCAUCCUGCCUUUCUGGAUCCUGCACUGUACCCUGGUGUACCCACUGGAGCUCUAUCCUGCCUUCUUUGGCUAUUACUUCUUCAACUGCAUGAUGGGAGUUUUACAGCUGCUGCAUAUCUUCUGGGCCUACCUCAUUUUGCGCAUGGCCCACAAGUUCAUAACUGGAAAGCUGGUAGAAGAUGAACGCAGUGACCGGGAAGAAACAGAGAGCUCAGAGGGGGAGGAGGCUGCAGUCGGGGGAGGAGCAAAGAGCCGGCCCCUAGCCAAUGGCCACCCUGUCCUCAGUAACAACCAUCGUAAGAAUGACUGAACCAUUAUUCCAGCUGCCUCCCAGAUUAAUGCAUAAAGCCAAGGAACUAUCCCCACUCCCCACUAUAGGGUCACUUUAAGCUCUGGGGAAAAAGGAGAAAGCGAGGAGGGUUCUCCACAUCCUCCCUCCUUGUCACCCAGUUGCCUUUAAACCAAAUUCUAACCAGUCUAUCCCUAGGUAGGGGGAGGCUGGUUAUAUUCUUUCUUAGAGGGGGAUGGCUGAAUUUUCCUCUCUAUCCUCCAAGUCAUCCUUUCGACUGCUUUUGAGGUCCUCCCUCAGCUCUCGGGGGUAGGGGUUACAACUCACAUUCCUUAUUCUGAGAAUCUGGCCCUAGCUGUUUGCCUUUGACUCCCUGACCUCCAGAGCCAGGGUUGUGCCUUACUGUCCCAUCUGUGGGCCUCAUUCUGCCAAAGCUGGACCAAGGCUUACCUUUCUAAGCUCCCUAACUCGGGCCAGAAACCAAAGCUGAGCUGACUUUUUUUUCCCUCUAUGACACAAAUGAAUUGAGGGUGUAGGAGGGUGCACAUGACCCUUACCCUACCUCUGCCAAAAAGUGGGGGUUCUACUGGGGACUGCUUGGAUGAUCGUUCUUUGUGCUACUUCUUUCAGCUGUCCCUGUAGCCACAGGUUCAAGAUUUCACUGCCUCCUCCUUUCUCUGGCCUCUUCCCCUUCCCUCUUCUCUUCAGCUAGGCUAGCUGGUUUGGAGUAGAAUGGCAACUAAUUCUAAUUUUUAUUUAUUAAAUAUUUGGUUUUGGUUUUUAAAGCCAGAAUUACAGCUAGCACCUAGCAUUUCAGCAGAGGGACCAUUUUAGACCAAAAUGUACUGUUAAUAGGUUUUUUUUUAAUUAAAAGAUUAAAUAAAAAAGAUUAAAUAAAACACGGCAACAAGUGUCAGACUAUUAGGAAUUGAGAAGGGGGAUCAACUAAAUAAACGAAAAUAGUCUUUCUUA